GGUCGCUUUUCGAGCAGCGCCUCCUAGCACUAAGCAUCCUUUCAUGGUCUUGACUGGGUCUUGAAAAACAUGCCCCAAUCAUGACUAUCCUCAGAAGGCUCCACCUUUGCAGGUUCAUGACGGCUGUUAGCGAAUUUGUAGCGCUGGUUUUUGUUAUAUCCGAAGCAACAAAUUUCUGCCAACAGCUUGAAUCCAAUACUUACUUUCGUAGUCGCUGUCAAGUCAUGGAUCGUCGACGAUGCUCUGUUUAUCCCAUCACUGGCACUAACCAUUCCCUACUUCAGACGGCGAGUCAUCGGCGGCGGCGGUAGAGCUCAAUGAGAUGCUGUUCUUCGCCGCACCUGAAUCCACUUUCAAAUUGUUCUUUGGCAUAAUGAAAUCUCUACUUACCGUACUCUGUGAUCAUCUUUAGACGCUCCCGUUAAUGCGU